GGGGAAAGAGACAGAGAGCGAGAAAGAAAAGAAACUGACACAGACAGACACCGUUUACUCGCGUCCAACAAUGUGGGGUUUUGUAAGUGCAGUGAAAAAUGCACGUCUCGGGAUCACGGUCAGCGGGAUACAGAGAGGGGUAAUUAGUAUGCCGUCCGAGAACCAAAGUGUGAACAGACAGAGCCUCCGUUACGUAACUCAGCUGGGGACUCAGCUGACAGCAAAUGAGGCAAAAGAGACUUUGUUAAAGAAGCAAACUAGUCUCUCCGUGUUGAGUGCUGUGUAAGCUACGCAUUGGAACAUCCAACAGGUGCAGAUCCUGAGACAACUCCAGCAGAUCUCUGUGGUGUAGCAUGCUAAACACAUCGGAUAGUAACGGUAAUUCACCGCGGGACCCAGUGUCUGUCAAUGUAGGAGGAGAGGUAUACACAACUACUCUGGACACCCUCACCCGUUGCCGUGACUCCAUGCUUGGCGCAAUGUUCACUGGGCAGAUCCCUUUACUGAGAGACCGGCGUGGAAACUUCUUCAUCGAUCGCGACGGGAAAGUUUUUCGCUACAUCCUCAAUUACCUGCGCUCCAACAGCCUCGAUUUGCCUGAGGACUUUAACGAACUGGCGCUGCUGAAGCGCGAGGCGGAUUUCUUCCAGAUUCGCCCGUUGCUUGAUGAGAUUCGGCGUCAUGAGACAGGUGGUGGUACAACAAGCUGCCGUGCCGCUAUGUUAAAUGUCACCACGGAAAGUGAGAUGCGUGUUCUGCACUUCAACUUAAAGCGUGGUCCUGAAAACUAUGAGUUAAGGUCGUGCGCUAUACGUGUUCAUGUAGCCACUCUUUUCUGCACAUCUCGCGCAGUCCUCGAUGUUCUGUGCGCGCGUUUUUCAUACACAGCAAGAGACGGUCCUGUUUCGCCCCAACCAAGCAACUCCCGUCAGAACUGCCUGCGUUUGGAGUGGGUCCCAUGCCCCGACGAGCUGCCUCGAGACCAGCACGAGAAGCACGGAUUCCGUGAGCUGAGAACAGAGUCUGCUUCUGAGCUGCGUGAUUCGCGCGCCUUCAUGGAGGAACUACUGCGAGUCGCUUUGGGAGAGGGUUUCCGAGUGGACUCUGUGUUCCCGGACCCCUCAGAUAUUCUGAACUGUAAUACUCUGCGGUUUGUGCGAUAUUGAGUCGCGUCGUAGAAAUAGGCUAUCAAAGGUCAACUGUUUACCAUGUUUUCUUUCUUGUUGUGAAAUUACUUAAAUACUACAACUCUAAGCCUAUAUUUGGAUAGGCUACAUAUGCCUCUGCUGUCAGUUCCCUAAUGCUGUCACCGUUAGAAACACUGAAAAGCGCACACAAACACAAAAAAAUAGUUCAUAUGGUCGUCUACUAUUAUCACUAUUUGUAGAUUCAAUUAAUUCUACUUAAAGAAACAAUACAUAUCACUCAAUAAAAAGUUUUGUAAGCAA